GCCUCAGCUAGUUGUCAAAAUUUCAUAAAUGUUUGUUAACAAAUAAUGCAAAGUAAUAUAAACAAUUGACGACUGAUGGCGGCAAGCGAGGAGCAGUGCGAUGAGCUGGAGGCGGCGACUUCAGUUUGUCCGCUGCCCAACUGCGCGAUGGCUGUGGAGCCAAGCAAACUGCUGCAGCAUCUGCUCAAUGAGCAUUUGCUAGAGACGCCGCAGGCGUUUGGACUGCGUAUGCGUGAUGUGGCAAGCGGUGAGCGCAGCUUGUUGCUGCUGACGCAAAGUCAACUGAAGCCUGGCUGCGAUCUAUGCCUGGGCGUGCUCAACUGGCAGGGCAAUGGCAGCGGCGACUUGCUGGAGCCACAAGUGGAUUUGCCGCCGCGACAGCAGCGGCUGAGCGGCUGCCUGCCUGUGCUGGCGAUGGCCUGCAAGACGACGUGGCCGGCGCUGCUGUCCAACACGCCGCAGCUGCAGGAGGAUGCGCUCAGCAUGGGUUAUCUGUAUCUUUUCUGGUUGGUAGCGCCAGCUACAGCGCGUCCUGUUUAUGCCAAACUGGCGCUGCUCAAUCGGCAGCUGCAGUGCGGACUGCGCGUAACGCGGCGGCUGCGCAAUUUUGCCGAGCGCGUGCACAUUAAAGAAUUUCUGCUAGGCGCCGAUCAGUUUUUUAUUACGCUCAGUCAGCGGCAAUUGCAGCAGAUUUGUGGCAGCGGCAGCGAGUCCAACGCUUGUUUUCUCGAAAUUAUCAUUGAGGGUGAGCGCGCUGAGCUUUGAAUUUGAAUAUUUGUCAAAUUAUGCAAAUUACAUUUGUUUAUAUAA